AUGGACCGCCUGCCCGAGGAGAUCAUCGCCAUGAUCAUCACCCACCUGGCCGCGGACCCGCCGAACCACCACCACCACGGCAACCCCGGCGCCGCGCCGCCCCGGACGACGGGGCUGGCCGCGUACGCGGCCGUGUCGCGGCGGUGGCAGCCGCGCAUCGAGGCGCUGACCUUCGCGCACAUCACGCUGACGCCGGCGCGGCUGGCGUCGCCGCUGGCCGCGCGCGCCCUGACGCCCGACCGCGUCCGCCGCCUCGUGCGCUCCAUCUACCUGGACGUGCUGCUGCCGCCGUACGACGAGGCCGCGCGCCGCCGCGUCGAGGACGACGCCGAGCGCGCCGCCAACGACGCCGUCUUCACCGACGCCGUCCGCAGGCUGUUCGCCCUGCUGGCCGCCGCCGGCGCCGGCGAGGACUACCGCCCCAAGAUCCACCUCUCCCUGGCCGCGCGCUGCGAGAGCGAUAUGGAGGACUGGGAGGGCAGGCAUCGCAGGCGUCCUGUCUCGCCCACGGCACCCCGCGACCUCUUCGAGAGGCGCUACGAGAGCUCGUAUCUCGACUUGAGGCUGGCAACGCCUGGGCAAUCGGCUGAGGGCGAAGCGGAGGCGCUGCCCGAGGUGCAUUGCAUCUUGGGGUUCGGAGUCCAGCGCAUCGAUAGUCCAUUGCUGCAUUAUCGCCAUUUUGCUCCGCGGGCGCUUUGUCUCAUGGCGUCGAGAAUGUCGGGUUUGGAGCAGGUGUACUGGGUGCUUCGGGACAAGGAGAAGAGGGACGUCGAACUCAGGAAGAAGUUGAGAGCAGAUUUUGCCGACAGUUUGCAAGCACUGCCCCCGACGCUCCGAUCGUUUCACCUCCUGUACGGCGGGCCGGCUCCAAAGGACCACUUCUUCGAACGACCUAGCAUCCUGGACGAGGCAGAUCCGGAUGACCAUGACAAGCUCAGCCUCGCCCUGCACAAGCUCUCUCAACGCCUCUUCGAGUUCCACCUGACGGCCGACGUCGGCCCCGAAAUCUUCUGGCCUUCAGGAUCUGCCGAGCUGGACGACCAGCAGCCACAGCACGGAGAAAACGCCGGCGAUAGUCCAUCUCCACCCUACUGGCCGAACAUGAUGUACUACGGCAUCAACCCGGGCGCCAUCUCGCCGUCGGGGAGAUGGCGCUUCCGGCGCCGGACGGACUCCUUCGGCGACGACUCGGAUCACGUGGUCGAGUCAGACGUGUCGGACAGCAGUGACGUGGCCCCCGGCGACGAGAUCCAUCGAGCUUUCCGCGAAGAGGUCGACCCGGACGCGGUCCGCCCGCUCCUUCUGGCCGCCGCGCGCGCUGCCGGCCGGAUGCCCGCGCUUCGGCACAUGAGCUUCGUGAUAGGCUCGCCUCCCACGAACGCAGGCUGGCUCAGGGUCUCGUACACGACGGCUCCGAGCAGCCGGCGCUCAGCCCGUCUUGGUGGCGGGGAUGCGCCCCGGCUGGUCGUCGGCGGCCGCCCGCUGUCUCACCUCGACCUCGAGAAGGAAGUCGUGGAGGCGUGGGAGGAAGCCGCGAGGAAACAUUCGGAUGCGGAGUUGAGGUGUGCCUUGGUGACAAAGAGGCUGUUCGAUCGCUAUUGGGCCGCGCCUUGA